GAGACGGUGGCGGUGCAAUGGCGGCGCCCAUGCUUCGCUGGGGAGGCCCAGGGAGACGUUGGGCUCUAACCCGGGUUGAUGGAGGUUCUUGCCACGGAAGAGGAUCUCCGACUGGGCCCACGUCCAGCUGGAUGAAGAGGCAGAGCUCCGUGGCUCAGCAGCUCCGCCACACGGCCCCCGAGCCGAGAAAAGGUGAACACAAAUGGGCAGCUGUGGUAGGACUAGAAAUUCAUGCCCAAAUUUCCUCCAACUCAAAACUCUUCUCAGGAUCUCAAGUGUGCUUUGCAGCUCCUCCAAAUUCUUUGGUUUCUUUUUUUGAUGCUUCUCUCCCUGGAACUUUACCGGUUCUCAACAGGAGGUGCGUGGAAGCCGCGGUGAUGACGGGCCUGGCCCUGAACUGCCGCAUCAACAAGAAGUCCUUGUUUGACAGGAAGCACUACUUCUAUGCCGACCUCCCUGCGGGCUACCAGAUUACCCAGCAGAGGCUCCCGAUCGCUGCCGAUGGGAACUUGACAUAUGGCGUCUACGUAGGGAAGAGGCAGCGUCAGCUGGCCUCCAAGAUGGUGAGGAUCAAGCAGAUCCAGCUGGAGCAAGACAGUGGCAAAAGCCUCCACGAUGACCUGAGGUCCCAGACGCUCGUUGACUUGAACAGGGCCGGAGUUGGCCUUCUGGAAGUGGUCCUGGAGCCUGACCUGAGCUGCGGAGAAGAGGCCGCCAUGGCUGUCAGAGAGCUCCAGCUGAUCCUCCAAGCCCUGGGCACCAGCCAGGCCCUCAUGGCAGAGGGCCAGCUUAGAGUGGAUGCCAACAUAUCUGUGCAUCACCCUGGGGAACCUCUGGGCGUCCGGACUGAAGUGAAGAAUCUUAACAGCAUCAGGUUCCUAGCCAAAGCCAUCGACUAUGAAAUUCAGAGACAAAUUAAUGAACUUGAGAAUGGAGGUGAAAUUCUGAAUGAAACGCGCUCAUUUGACUGCAAGCUGGGGUGCACUGUGCCAAUGAGAGACAAAGAAGGAAAACAGGACUACAGAUUCAUGCCGGAGCCUAACCUGCCUCCUCUGGUCCUCUAUGACACCACGACUCUGCCUCCUGAAGGCACAGACCCUGGACAGGUGGUCAACAUUGACCAGAUCCGGGCCACACUGCCUGAGCUCCCCAGCACGACCCGACAGCGGCUCGUCCAGCAGUACGGCAUGCGGCCGGAGCACAGCUUCACGCUGCUGAAUGAAGCUGGCCUACUGGAGUUCUUCCAAAAUGUGAUGAAAGAAACUAGGGCAGAGCCAAAAACGGUGACUAGCUGGGUCCUGAACACCCUCCUGGGCUAUUUAAAGCAGCAGAACCUCGCCGUCUGCGAGAGUCCGGUCACACCCUCUGCACUUGCUGAGCUCCUCAGCCUGCUGGACAGUAAAGCGAUUUCUUCAGCAGCAGCUAAACAGGUGUUCGGGGCGCUGUGGAAGGGCGAGGGGAAGGCCGCGGCGCAGAUCGUCGCGGAGCAGAAGCUGGAGCUGAUGCGGGACCGAGAGGCGCUGGAGCAGCUCUGCCAGGCCGCCGUGGAGGGGCACCCCCGCGUGGUGACGGACCUGAGGAAGGGAAACCCCAGAGCCAUCAACAAGCUGAUUGGCGUGGUCCGGAAAGCGACCUCCAACCAGGCGGACCCGACGGUGAUCAAGGAAAUCCUGGAGAAGAAGUUGUCGUCCUCGUCGUGAGCGGUGGGGGCCUCGGCCGCCCUCGGGAGGUCAGUGCGGACCUGCGCGCGGGAGCCCGCGACACGAUGGCCGCACGCGGGCUGCAACCCACAGCUGUCGCCGCCUCUGGCCAAGCCCCCCUCCGUGGGUGACGUUCCACACUGGGGGGGAGGGCAGACCCCCUCUGCGCCUAGGGGGGGGAGUCUGCACAUCAGACGCCCACCCCGCCGCUCGAUGCCAUGAUAGGAAGCGCUUCCACCAGCUGGUCGUGGUGUUGGGAAACGUGGCGCCCCGUUGCGGAGCAGCUCAAAAUGUAACUAGCAUUCUAAGAACAAAGAUGGUGCAGUUCCUUCUAGAAAUACUCGUGAGCCUCCCAAAGGCCAGGCGUGGUUCCAGAGCUGGGCAUGAACAGUGAUCAAGACGGGCAAUAAUUUGCACGUAGCAUAUUUAGACGUAAGAUAGGUUAAUGACGAUGAAAACAUAUCAAAUAAAUUGGUGCAAUGUAAACAUGUGUCUUGAGAGGAGGGGGCGGGGCGGUGGUGAGCCCCCUACUCACAGUAACCACACAGGAACGGAACAGCAGGGGGACCACCCAGCCGAUUCCCGAAGGCUCCUGAAGGCCUAGGCCUGAGAAAUGAAUUCAGAAGGCAUUUCACAUUUCCAGAUAAAUUUAAUGAAUAAAAUAUAUACUUAUAUGGAAAUGAAUUCAAAAGACAUUACAAGUUUUCAGACAAACUUAAUGAAUAAAAUAUAUACUCUAUAGAAAUGAAUUCAAAAGACAUUACAAGUUUUCAGAUACAUUUAAUGAAUAAAAUAUAUACUGAAAAAUGCACUUACACCUCAAAGAUUGUAUAGUUGACAAUCCACCCCCCCACCUCAGGCCAGAAGAGAAAAAAGAUAAGGAAAAUAAAUGCAACUUUAAAGUGA